AUGGAGGCAGCUAGAUGCAUUGAGAAAGAAGAUUGGCUUGCAAAUCAGCAUUUUCUUGAUGAUGGGGUUCCAACUUCAACAUCUGAGCAACAGGAAGAUGUAGAAAAGCUAGUGGACAACAAGUUUGCCAUGUACAGAGCUCGGAUCAAGAAUUUGGCACCAGAGGAUAAAGGACCUGUAUUAGAGCGUUUUAAACAUCUUGCCUAUCUCAACAAGGGUCUAUGUUACCUCUCCGAGUCCUACGAGGUAUUGGAUGCCAGUCGACCAUGGCUCUGUUACUGGAUUGUACACAGUCUAGAACUCCUAGGAGAAAAAUUCACCCCGAACAGUCCUCGAGCAUUGCCCAGUUCCUUGGCCAAUGUCAAUGUCCAGAUGGAGGUUUUGCAGUGCUCCACUUCAGAUGUUGCUUUUGCCGAUAUUGGAUAA